AUGCCACCAAUUCGCAAUAAAAACCGGAAAAAUUUAGAUGAGCAAGAGGGACGAAUCUUAUUAGCAAUUUCCGAUUUACAGAAUGGCCGAAUUCAACGUGUAGCACUCAAUGGUAUUCAACAAAGAUCUCUCGUACGCGCCAACAGCCAUAAAUUGACUCAAUAUGAAGAGGAAUCGCUUGUCAAAUGGGUGCUUGAUUUAGAUCGACGUGGAUUACCCCCCCGGCAUUCUCUUGUACGAGAAAUGGCUAAUUAUAUACUUUCACAACAUGGCAAACCACAAGUUGGAAAAAAUUGGAUAACUAAACUGAUUAAACGCCGUCCAGAGAUCGAUUCCAAAUUCGCAAGGAAAUACAACUACGAACGUGCUAAAUGCGAAGAUCCAAAGAUAAUACAAGAACAUUUUGAUCGCGUACAAGCUGCUAUAUCUGAGUACGGCAUCUUACCGGAAGAUAUAUUCAACUUUGAUGAGACUGGCUUUGCUAUGGGACUCUGUGCAACUGCAAAGGUUAUUACUGGAAGCGAUCGAUAUGCUCAGCCGAAGCUUUUACAGCCUGGAAAUCGAGAAUGGGUGACUGCAAUUGAGGCAACAAAUUCAACUGGAUGGGCUGUGCCUUCGUACGUGAUUUUCAAAGCAAAGAAAAACGUACGAGAAGGCUGGUUUGAUGAUCUUCCAGAUGAUUGGCGAAUCAAUAUUAGCGAUAAUGGCUGGACUACAGAUCAGAUAGGAUUAGAAUGGCUUAAAACCCAUUUUAUUCCCUAUAUUAAUGGUCGUACGGUUGGAAAAUAUCGAAUGUUGAUUCUUGAUGGCCAUGGAAGCCAUUUGACACCAGAAUUUGACCAUAUAUGUACUGAGAAUAAUAUUAUUCCAGUCUGUAUGCCACCUCAUUCUUCGCAUCUCUUACAGCCUCUUGAUGUUGGCUGUUUUGCUGUUUUAAAGCGACAUUAUGGGCAGCUUGUUGAGCAACGAAUGAGGCUUGGUUUCAAUCAUAUUGAUAAAAUGGACUUCUUAACAGCAUUUCCACAGGCUCGUACAGUGGCAUAUAAAGCUCAAACUAUUCGGAAUAGCUUCGCAGCCACUGGAUUAGUGCCUUUCAAUCCAGAUCGAGUUAUACAACAGCUUAAUAUUCGAUUGAAGACACCAACCCCCCCUCCAAGUCGAUCAAGCAAUACGGCAUCAUCCUGCUUACAAACACCUCAAAAUAUACGCCAAUUUAUACGCCAGUCGACUACAAUCAAUAAACGUAUAAAUGAGCGUACAGAAAGCAACCAAAAUCAAGAAAUCAAUCAGGCAGUUGUACGGUUGUCAAAAGCCUACGAAAUGAUAGCGAAUGAUGUUUUACUCGUACGGAAAGAGAACUACGAUUUACGAGCUGCACAUGAGAAAGAGAAGCAAAAGCGCCAAAAAUCUAAAAAGCAAAUAUCUAUUGAGCAAGGGGUUACUAAAGAAGAAGUGCAAGCGCUCGUACAAGGUCAGGUUGAGGCAUCCCAUGCUGUUACUACUACUCCGGCUGAGCCGGAGCUCCCAGCUUCUCAAGCAGUCGUACGCCGCCAAUAUCGCUGCAGUGGUUGUAACGUUAUGGGGCAUAGAAUUAACCAAUGCCCUAGUCGUAUUAGUAGUUAG